AUGCAUCCACUAGGGGAAUCUGAGAUCCAGCAUGGUUCGUACAAGAUCAAGCGGUCCACUGGCGAGCCUGUCCCAUUAGAAAUCCAUCCCAAUUUGUUCAAGUUCUCUAAUCUCAUUUCUUGGGCUUUAUGGUUUCUCUACAUCACUGCUGAAUUCCAUCUCGCAUGGUCAGUGCAGGUCGGCACGCCUAAAAUAAUAUGGCGAAUGUGGAUUAUACUCUGGGCGGAGGUGUGCUUGUCCUUCCAGGAGGUAGUUCUUGCCAUCAACACAAUCUUGGCUCUCUUUGGUGCUAGUGACACUCGUGUUCGCCCAUGCUAUCGACUGGUGGGCAGCUCCGCUCCCACUGUCGAUGUCUUUAUUCCAUGCUGUGGAGAGGCUAUUGAUGUAAUCAUCGAUACAGCCGCGGCGGCAGCUGCACAAGACUUUCCCUCGCAGCGAUUUCGGGUUUUCGUUCUUGAUGAUGGCCACGACCAAGGGCUUCGACAAGCGGUGGACGUGUUGAGCAAGCAGUCCGCAGAAAAGAACGGUCCAGUUCUGUGUUAUCUAUCUAGAGACCUAAGACCUGGUGACCAGUCCUACUUUAAGGCGGGAAACCUUCGAUUCGGCAUCGAGCAGACGCAGCGCUUGGGUAGCUCGGAUUAUCUCGCCUCUCUCGAUGCUGACAUGAUUCCGGAGCCUGACUGGCUGAGAAGGAUGGUACCCCAUUUGAUCUUGGACGACGCGGUGGCCCUAGCAUGCCCUCCCCAGCGCUACUACAAUGUCCCCAGCACGGAUCCAUUAGGACAGCAGGCAGAAUUUGACAUCUGGUUUACGAUAUUCGAACCCUUAAACGACCGCCUAGACGCCGCCAUGUGCACAGGAUCCGGGUUUGUCGUUAAGAGAAGCGCCCUUAACGACAUCGGAGGCUGGCCUUUGGCCCAUGCAGGAGAAGAUCUGAUGUGCUCGGCUGCUUUGAGUAAUGCCGGCUGGAAGGUUGCUUUUAUUCGGGAAGACCUGCAACUUGGACUGGCUCCAGAUUCGUUACGGGCUCAUGUAAGACAGAGGAUGCGUUGGACAGUUGCUGGCAUAGAAGUUCACAAGCAAUUUGGAUUCUAUCUAGCAGGUUCGAGGUUCACCUCUCAGAUGACCUGGGUCCAAAGAGGAGUUGGUGUCCUGCAAGCGCUUAGGGACUACGCCCAUGUGACGAAUGUUUUGGCACUCGUCUUGUUGCCAAUCGCAAUUCAUCCCAUUCCGCAUGAGGAGUUUGCCGCCAUGGCAACUGUCGAAGAUCUUUUCUGGCUGCGGAGUAUUUUUCCGGCAGCAUUCCUAGCACAUAAGAUCAACAACUAUAUCAUGUAUGCGCAUAUUGGAUCCCAACGCCUAGCGAGUUUUCAAAGUAUGGAUGUCUAUUGCGCUCCUUACACCGCAUCCCGCUGCCUCCUCUCCCUCUUACCGUCUACCCUCAGCCCUCCGACCUUCGAAGUCAGCGGCUCCAUUCUGUCUCCGGCCAACGAGCGCUCCGCGCUCCGCCGCAAGCCGCUCCCUUACCGCCUCCUCACCCUCGACAUGUUGAUUUAUUUCUCCUACAUCAUCUUCGCCUCCAUCCCGCUCGGCCUUCGCUUCCUCGCUUUUACAAGCCCCGACCCAGCGGAAUCCUCGGGUUCCGGCAUCUUGUUCUUCCCCUUCAUUGGGGCGCUCCUGAAGCUUCUCGACGCUAUCCUAAAAGCAGCGGUGCCGUUGUGGUAUAUGCUCUAUCCGCCGACAGUGCCGGAGAGAGACGAAUUGAUGGAGACGGAUGAGAAGGGUUUGAGGCGUCCAAAGAAUAGACGUAGCCAGAAUUUGCGAGGUGAGGAUAGGGGUUGGCUGGGGAUGGAUGUCCUGGAGGUGGGGUUUGUCUGCUGGUGGUUUUGGUGGUAA